AUGUCCGAACCUCACUGCGCAACCUCCUGGCCACCUGAGGACGCUGCUGAUCGUCCAAUUGACGAAUAUCCUGAAGAACCAGAAGAAGAGGAUGAAGAGGAGACGGUAGUCGACGAAGAUGCCGGCAUUGGGUCCAAUGCCGGUGAUAUUAACCACGACCCUGCCGGCAAUGCCACCAACACCGCCCCACCGAACAUACCCAUCUACCGAGGGGAGCGCAUUCUCACGGUGGUACACACCACUGGCAUUCAACGCCUGGCGUUCACAUUCUGCAAGUGCGCAAAUGCAGAUUCCGAGGCUGAGCAACUUCUGCUUCGCGGAUUUUAUCCAGCGUCGGUGAAGCGUCCAGUCACGGUGUUCACAUUUGCUUGCCUCGACGACUUCCUCCUGACAAAUCAGCAAUGCAAAACGUCUCCAUGGAACUAUCACAUGAAGCUCUGUCGCGCGACCGAUGGGGCAUUUUGGGGCUCUGUCCAGCUGGGCUACAAGGCUCUCCUCCGCACGUCCAGGCAAUACCGAGUGCUGAAGUGGAAACUUCACGCAGGCAUCGGUCAUGAGGAACCGAGUACCGAGAUGAGGCCUGGUAGAUUAGCAAUAACCUGUUCUGCUUGUCCCCGACCGGGCUUCAACACACCCCCUGGCUGGGCCGGGAGUGCCGAAGCCCGCGAAUAUCCUGCAUCAACGGCACACGACGGCAGCUUUAACUUGGAGCACAUGGUUAUGAAAAACCCGGAAGACGAUCUACAGUUCGUUUCGGGUGAACUGUACACUGUCGACCCAGGACCGUUUGAUGCACAUUUGGAGGACGCACUUACAAGGGCAAAAGAUGAGCGGGUUGCCGCAACAUGCAACGAGCACCGAGCCACCAAAGAGUCCCUUGGGGGCAAGGCGCAUCUGGAUGCAACAGGAAUUGGUGCCUCUGCCUGCUCGAGGCAUGGAUUCUUCAUUCCUCACACGGUCGUGGACUUUCAGCGCGGUGAAGCCCAACGGAACAUGGACUACUCGUACCACAUCAACGCGCGCAAACGAUUCGAAGCAUCUCCGUUCCUUCAGUGGCCCAUUGCCGCUACUUUCUUUUGGGCUAUCGGCCAAUUCCAUGUUCACGGCCAUCAAAAUCGGUGUUAUGCUCGGCAUUCGCUGAGCUUCGUCCCCAACGUCGGGCACCAAGACGGUGAAGUGGUCGAAACCUUGUGGAAACCAUUGAAUUUUAUCAAGGAUAGUAUUCGUGGGAUGGCUACUUCGCAUCGCAAAGAGGUUAUCGACGCUCAUAUGCAAGAUUCUAAUUGGAUGAAGCUCUGUCGUCUCCCAAAAUCACUUGUCGACAAGUGGAAGGAAUCAGUGGAAGAGUACACUGCAGCAAAAAAGGCCUUUGAAGACAUCGACCGUGUUGCUAAUGAGGAAGAGCGCGCCCAAUGGAAACAAGAGAUCCUCGAUGCGCGAGAGGCACGCAAAACCGAUCCCUCCGCCAUGGACAUUUUUACACCAAAAAAAAUCAAACCGGCGAACAAGACGCAAGUCAGGACGGCUCUCUUGAACGGUGACACAACGCACAUUGUAUCACUCGAGAGCCCGAUCUCAGUGGACCUCCUUGCGUGGCUCUCUUUGGGAAUCGGCAUAGACCGCCAGAGGGUGGUCAUUGCUCGAUUGGUUCGGGACCUUCGGCAGAGCUCGACUGACAAGGCGAAACUGACGAUUUCCGAGAAGAGGCAACGGCUGUCAUCGGACAUUCGGUCGUUCAAUACCGAAGCUGCAAAGCAUCUCCGUAACGCCCCUCCAAGGCUGGCAACUGAAUCCGGCAGUCCGGAACAACUUCCCAUUCUCAUGCCGUCAUCACUUGGUAUUCGGUAUUGCAAGGAUCAUGGUCUGGUGGACGUCGUCUAUGCAGAGCGAGAACUCCGGAAAGGAGAGAUGAAUGAAUGUCUCUCCGGCGUUCGCGACGGGAUCGACACCAAAUCCUACCUUUACUAUGCUCGAGUUCGCAACGCCACUUCCGUCCGCACGUCGCUCCGGUCCUUUAGCGAGAUUCGGACGGUCGACCACUCGGUAGCGAAGUAUGUCCGGCUCUACAUGCUCUCUCGCACCGCGCUCGCUGCCCUGUACGACCCGAACGACCCUGAAGAUGUCAAGAAGAAAACGGAUGAUCUAGCCAUCUACAAGCCCAUCACGAAGUCCGAUCUCACUGUCAACACCACGAUCCUGGAAGCAACGACCAGGGGUGCUCGCAACAAACACCCUUCAUGGAUUUGGACGUUCACCGGAACAUCGGAAGAGGGUUCCACCUUCUACAAUGAUGAAACCCGGCGAACAAUGUGGCAGCGGGGUUAUGAGCGAAAGGACCGUUGGUGGGAGAACCUGAAGGCGCUCGACCUGGAGAUGCUUUGUGUGGUGCUGGAUUUUGCACGCCUGAAGGAGAAUUGGUUCGGCCCGAAGGAGAAGCAGAGCGCAGAAAUGUUUCGCAACGUGCGUCGCGCGCAUCCCAAACCUCUCCAGUAG